AUGGCCCCGAUACCUGCGUCCAGUUAUUUCCCUUCUCUGGACCAAUGUCUCAGUGGUGACGAGCUUCUCAUCUCCUGGAAGCUGCUCUUCUCUGCAGUCAAGGAUAACGAAGCCCUCAUUAAACCUCCCUCAAACAUUUUAAAGAGCUUUCUGGAGGAUGAAGAAGUCUUAAACAUAUUGGUGGACCCGUUCACCAUUCCGCAACCCUCUCCACAGAGUAAAAAUGCCUUCGAUACCAAGACCUCUCCGAUAAACGUUACCCCUUCCGCCAAUACGCAAUACAAUAUCCAGGAGAUCAAGGAGGAUGCGCUCUGGCUCAGCAAUGCGACCAAGAUUGAGGAGGUAGCUGCGCUGAGAUUAGUGGUCGAGGAGUACCAGUCGCGGGCAGAAGCUCAACUUCUAGGCCCAUUUUCAGAGGAAGAGCUGGUGAAUAUACGGGACUCAGCUGGGAACAACAAAUACUCUAGCUCUAUCCCCACCGCGUUGACGAUACGAGGGCCGGACGCGCAGGAUGUACAGAAAGAUUUCGAUUCCCAAGAAAGCCGGAGGAAGAGAAUAUUUCGGCAGUACCUCUCGGAGAGGCAGUACCUCCUGAAAUGUACGGAAUGGAUUUUGGAGUCCUUGUUCGAUGCCAUGGCCACCCCGGAAAAUCCCAAAGACAAAGACGCCUUCGGACCGCCUUGGCUCACAGACUCUUUACAGCUGCUCAGGACAAAGUUGGUACCGGAUGGAGAUAUCCUAAUUUCGCGCUACAUAUCUGGCAUUGAAAGAAACCUGCAAAAUAUCGGGGGCGAUUGCUUUAAUGAGGAAGGAAGAAGAGACGACCCUGGGCAAUGGACCCGCAGCCAAAUCACGGAAGCCAUUCACUCAAUGGAACUCAUUUGGCAGAUCCUGAAUUAUGUUGUUGGGUUCCCGUCCUCUACAGUGGCAUUACAGUGGUUCAGACUCCAGCGGAGCGCCGAAUUUGUUAGCAGAGUUGAUGCGGAUGAAGCAUCGAUCCAGGAGUUACUUGAGGUCAUGCAGGCAAUCUCUGCUAUCAUAUCCGUGUCAAUUCUCGCGCCGGCUAAUGCUGUGGAACUACUAAGCACGUCGAGCAAUAUUAAUGAGCAGGUAUCGGCCGAUGCUCCCAUGGACAGAUACUACAUCUUCAAUACCAAAACAAUACUCGAGAUCAAUUCGAUUCUGUUGUUUGCUGCGGACAACCGUCUCGUCUCUGCAGGCCCUGCUAUCCUUUCAUGGACUAUCAUACUCGCAACGUUGACUGAGCGUAUGAUGGCCUCAGAACUAAGAGAGUCGUCACGAUACGAUCAAGCUGCUCCUGUGGAUCUGGAGUCAUUGCCUGAUCCAUACAAAGACGUGCUAGAGCAGAUAAAUGAUAACCUUGAAGAUGACAUAGUCGACUAUCUUGCUCGAACUGCUGUUGACUCGUCGCGUGUUUUCGAAUGCCUUGGCUCUCUUUGUGCCCGGUUUGGCAACACCUCAGACGCCUUCUUCUCCUCUACAACUGGAGCUCAAAUGCGCUCAGCAGUGCUUACUCUUAUUAAGUACAGCACGCGAGCUGGGUACGGUCCGGAGAUAAUGACAGCUGCUCUCUCCGCCCUCACAGGCGGACAGAAUUAUUGGGACCUCCUGAAAUCGGAUACGCCUCUUGGCGAUGAUCCGGUGGAGAAUUUUGCGGAGGACGAGGUUCUGAUUCAGGCUUUCUUGGAGACUGCAAAGUCCAGAUACCCUUAUGAAUCCCUGCCCUUCUUGCAAAUUUUGCGAGCUGUUGCCUCCCCUCGGCACAGCAAAGAAGGCCUCACUAUCGCGGAACAGUAUCUUGAAAGAAUGCGACAAUUCACCUGCGCUUUGCCACCGGACUUCUUGGACUACGAAACCACGCAAGAAGAAGAGAAUAAUAAUACUAUACAACUGACCAGACCGCUCCAGUUGUUCGUACCUCGGUUCAAUACUCUCCGGAGUCAAGCCACGGCAAAAUCUUCCCUCAUCGCAAUCAACAGUGAUUUUUAUCUACCUGCUGGAACACUCGGGCGUAUGGUUUCUGAAUCUGGCCCACGAGUCGCUUCGUGGUUCCACGAGUUUUCCGGGUUAGCAUAUCUUGGGAAGUUGUUGGAGACCUACCUGGCAGCGAGUGAUGUGGUCGAUGUUACCACAGGAAUGCCCGCCGACCCGGACUCUGUGGCCGAGAUCAUUGAACUGCUCGCUGUACUUGUCUCUGGCUCAGGGUCGGUCAGCAAGACCGGUUCAGAGCAAUCACAAGAGAAGAUAUUAGCAGAGGCAAGCUCAGGGCUUAGUCACGAUCGAGACAUCACAGCUGUUAUCUUCGAAAUAUUCCUGGAAGAGCUCCAGAAUAUUUCGGCUUGUCAUGGCUCCAAUAUCUCACUGGCUGUUCUAGUCAGCUGCGUACAUUUCAUUCACUCUCAGAUACAUGUAGCACCAGGACGUGUUUGGCCACUUAUUGCGCGUGGUGGUCUUUUGGAUAUGGGCAGAGGUAGAGCGAGACUGCCAACUAUUGUUGAAGGCAUCGAAGUUGUCUCAGGCCGAUACGAAUUCCUCUCGUCUGUUUGCCAUCUAUUCGAAGCUUUGGUUGACGAUUUCGCCAUCAACGCCAUCCGACGGCGAAGUGAUGACCAACUUAUCAGCCGUAAUGGCCGUAUGCAGUUUUCUCAAAACAGACGACAUGAUGUCUCUACUGGAAUUUCAGAGAACACGUUGUCGAAGGUGCUGUUGUCUUUCGCUAGAUACUUGAACGAAGUACUAGAAAGCUCGCGGACCUGGAAAUACAAUACCCAAGACGACCGUCGACGUAUCAAUCAUACUAUCGGGACUGCAUUCACGAAGAUCUUGAGAUAUGCAUUCGGUAUUGACGCGUCAACUGAACCUGAAAAGGACGACAAUCCCGUUUCCGAAAGAGUUCUUUCUCCGUGGUCGCCGCAAAUUAUGAGUGAAAAGAAGGCAGUGAAGCCUAAAGUUAUGGAGGCUCUCAUGGCACCAGCGAUUUACCUUGUCGAAAGCUUUCUGCCAACGACAUCGGGGACUUUGAGGUUUCAAACUCUGUUACAGGCCUUUUUUGAUGGAUUUCAGACCCCCGAAUUCACAAUCUUUCCAAACAUGGUAGACUUGUGGAUAUGCCAGGUCUGUACGAUGCUUGAAUUUUCGCAGGUGCUUCUUCGAGUCAGUGCCUUGCUCGAUUUACCCUCAUCCAGGCUUGAGACCCAGAUAUUCCAAUCAUCCUCGCUAGUCGCACGUUUGUACGCCGCAAACGAUAAGUACCGAAACAAGGUGGUUACGUUGUUCGAAAUUUUGAUUGGAACGGCCUCAGAUGAGGCUUCGCAACCAGCAUCUCUUCUGGGCUACUUAGGCCCACAGACCUCUAAGCAUUUCUUUCACAGCAUAUCAGAUCUCGACAAACCUCUGUCUCGUGAAGAAAACCUGAAGACCAUCUGGCACUUUUUAUCCAUGAUCAUGAACAGCCGGCAACAUGGAUUUGCCAACUACAUUUUGACAGGCAAGACUGCGAAAGAUGCAGUGCAAAGCAAAAUCGGCGAAAAGGAAUUAGGCGCAUCGGAAAAAUCUCUCCUUACUACAGCUUUAGCGUCUCUGAUUAAAAUUGGCGAGCUGUCUACGGCCGAGAAGCUUGCCAUGCUAGAGUUCGUCGUCGAAGCUCAAGACUUGAGAGCUUGGACUGUUUUCAACUCUCCGCUAUAUGCGAAGUUCAUUCAGUCCAUUUCAAAUUUUGUUGGGGACAUGAAACCGCUCCAUCAGGACAGGAGAAUUGAUUCGCUCAUUGGAGAUUGCAAUCAGACUCGUAUUGCGGCUUACAUUUCCGAGAUUCUAUCGAUGCAUGUCUUCUACUCCAAACAAACAGGGUUUGGAUUGUCGAUAAUCGAUCUUUUGAAGAACCUGUCUUAUUUCUCGAGAUUUGCUGUUGCAGUACCUGCCUAUAAUUCUGCGCUUCACGGAUGCCUGAAGAGCAACUUCGAGAACAGAUAUCCAGGGUGUACGGUACUAGACUUGAAGCGAACGACACUGCAACCCCGCGAACUUGGCAGUGGAUGGUUCUACGACAUGUCCCUUGCUGAUCGAAUGUUUUCACACGACAGUGGGUGGAAUAGAGAAGAUGGACUCCGGGUGGAGUUUGAGCGCGCAAACAUCAACCUGUCGCUCGUCGAAGCUCAAAUCGCCCUCUUCAAUGGCUGGGAAAGACUGUGCUCUGAACUCACGAAGUAUAUUGGUACAGAGCCUGGAUUGCAAACAAUGUUGGCGAGCGUGGUCAACAACUGUCUCGUCGCCAAUGGAAGAAGCCAACCCCCGGAGGAGAUAUUUUCAACGCUGUCCCAACGCCGCGCACAACUCGCACAAAUUUUGAGCCAACGACUGUCGGAAGCGAAAUCAUCUAUUCCAGAAAUGAAGAGCCUCCUGCCAAUGGUUUGGACGACUAUCUCCAACCUCCGAGGAUCAUUCGAGAGGCCUGUACCUGAGGGCGACAUCAUCUACUACAGAGCACUACUAAACCUGCUGUACAUUGCCCUCCUGAUCCACGCCCAGAAAGACGGAACGGCUCAGAAUUCACACUUCGGAGCGUCGAUAGGACGAGGCUCUCAAUCGAUACCUAUCGUUCCCGUUGUCCUCGAUGUAUUAAAGCACGUCGUCGCAAUGGGUUUCCGUGAACUUGCCUCGUCUAUACACGACUCACCCGCCGACUCGUCGCCCGGAGAUGUUCGUCUCAUUACCGGUAUUCUCCAAGCCUGCCUCCACAUCCCUGGAAUCGAGCUCUGUUACGCACAGAUUGUGACCUUGAUGAUCGACAACCAGGUACCGCUCAAUGCCAUUCGACUCUUCUCAUGGUCCGAGAAGCUUGCAAUCAACGGCGAUCCCAUCUAUGGUGAGCUCAGCAUCCUCUUCCUCCUCGAGCUUUCCGGCGUGCAACCAUUGGCCGAACAACUCGCUCUCGGUGGUAUUUUGGGCCGGCUCUCAUCUAUGGACAUCAUGUCCUACUUCCGCCGUCCAGGCGUAAGUCCUUUUGCCGAAAGUGCCGGCUUACAACGCUGCUACAGAAUAUGGGCUGUUGGCAUCCUUCCUUUACUACUCAACCUCCUCUACGCUGUCGAGGGAUCCAUCGCCAUCGAAGUAGCACAGUUCCUAAACCAGUUUCCGCUCAUGCUCACACAGAGCGAGGAGGCCUUUGAUGCCCCCGAAACCAACCGCCUUGUUCCGAGAGGCCAGAAAAAGUACAUCACUUUCACUGUCUGCUCGGAAACCAACCAUAUGGCGGGACUGCACUUCAUCCUAGAUUCAUUCAGAAAGCAGUGCGGCAUUGCUAUUCCUGAGGUAAAAUGGGACGCAGCGGGCGUAUUGGAGAACGUGGAAUUUUGGUUGGGGUCGAAGGCGUUGCUACGAGAGCGGAUCCUACCCAUGGGCCCGCUGGAGGAUGCGAUGGUCAAGCGAAAGACAGAUACUGGGAAGACUGUGAGUCUGCUUGAGCAGAAGGUCGUGGCCGAGUUGAUGCUUGCAAGGGAUGUGAUUGGGAGCAUGGAUAGUGCAUGA